GUUAAGCAGGCCAUGGCAAUAGUUAUUUGCAUAUAACUAUUGUGUACCAACACUUGUCUGCUAGAAAUUGAAAUUUCUAUUUCCAUUUGUUAUUUGUUAUGGUUGAUUUAAUGGUAAAGUGAAUUGUAUUAAUGUGUUUCCUUUUGUCAUGAGAGUAGGGAGAUUUUGCUGACGUGGCCAUCAUAGAAGAGGAAAAAAAAAUGAGCUGGCUUAACACCUCUAGCAUUGCAAACCUGGCAAAAAGUGCAUUGAAAGAAGCUCAAAAAACCAUAGACAAGGCCCUAGAUAUAAGAGAAUCAGAUGCAACAAACCAGCAACAAUCAAACAAACCAAUUGAUAAUGAAAUUCUUGGACACUUUCUUGAAUCCUUUAACCUGGUGAAAGAGGGAAAUGAUCCACCUGAUGAAACCAGAAUAAUCUCAGGAGAUGUUGUUGUUGCUGAACCCAACUCAAGCACUGAAGUUGAAACUAAUAAACAAUUAGUUUUUCAUGCUGUGGAGUCCAGUGUACUUCAACCACUAUUUUCACCAAAAUCCUUAACUGCUACUAAGGAUGUUGGUGAUAUUGAUGAAUCAUUGACUUUGACUGAGGACUUGGGGAAAAAGACUUCCAACUUGCCUGACCAGGUGGUUACGACCGAUAGUUUAGAAGAUUGGAACGUAACUGAAAGCUACCAUAGCUCUACUGUGUCAGUGUCGAGCUCUGUUACCGUCAUUAGUCCCGAAAAUGAUUCGAUCGAUAUGGAUUGGAAGAGUGAUACGAAAAGCGAUGCGAGAGAUGAAACUUCCAAUCACCACACCAUAGAGAACAGACCAGUGUCAGCAGUGCUAUCAGAAGCGAUGAAAGAUUCGAUGAAAACAGAAACAUCGGCAUCUGUCUCGGGUGACGAGAUUGAAACAACCGCUUCAUCAGACAUUGAGAUCGUCGCAAGUCCCCAAGCAGGCAUAAGACAAAUCUUGCCUCCAAUGCGUUCGAGAAGCAACGAGUCAAAAACUCAUAGUCGGAAGCCGUCCGCAGGUUCUAGUGAUGAUAGCGUGACUUCCGGGGGGCAAGAUUCAGAGCUCCACAACGAAAAAUGCAAUCUUAUUCACCUAAAUCAGAUAAUCGAAGCUAGGGAUAACCAACUGCAGGAGUUUACCAGGAAAUUUUAUGCGUUGUCAGAAGAAGUCGAACGGGCCAAAUCGCAAUUGGCUAAUGGUGAAAAAGAACGAAUUGCACUAAAUGAAACCAUUCGCCGACAAACAGACGAAUUCGCUAUACGGUUGUCAUCAAUUGAAAAACGUUAUCAACAAGUGCUAGCUGAACGGGAUUCACUAAUCAAGAAACUCGAAAAAGUUCAAUUAAAUCAUGAAACAUACGCCAACUUAACAGACGAUCUAAACGAAAAGAAUGAAACAAUUCAACAAUUAAGGCUUGAAGGCGAAAAGUUAUCUAAACAACAUCUGCAGCAAUCGAAUAUUAUAAAAAAAUUGCGAACCCAAGAAAAGGAAGACGAAAUUCGUUGCAAACAAUUGAAAGAUCAAAACGAAGAUUUAAAAAAUGAAGUUGAACGUCUGAAUAGAAGUUUGUCAGCCAAGGAAGAACUUGAGAAGAACCAAAUAGAAGCUGUUAGGCAGUCUGCAAUUGUUAACAAUCAGUUGGAAAAGGAGGUUCUUGCUAACAAAGUAAUGAUGCGCGAAAAACUGGCGGAAGCCGAUUCUUUGAGGGCUGCUUUAGCUGAGGUCGAACAAAAACUGAUUGAAGAAAGAGCCGUGGCUGCUAUACAAAAUUCUGCUGAAACUGAGCGCAGUCUUAGCGCCGAAGUAGCUCUUCGUCAACGUCUGCAGCUAGAAUAUGAAAUUUCUAGUCGCGCGUUUGAGGAAGAAAAACAAGCGCUCACCAUGCGUUGCCAAGAACUCGUUCACUCCCUUGCUGAAGUCGAUUGCGAUCGAUCAAAAGAACGGGAGCGGAUACAUGCUGAGGUUUCGCGGUUAAUGCACAGACUACAAGAAGCUGAAUCACGUAGCGAUGAACUGUCUCAGGCCUUAACAACGGCAACGAAGCCUUUACUACGACAAAUUGAUUCUCUGCAACAUGCAUUAUCCUCCCAACGCUUGGCAGAGGAGAAAUCGGAAAAACUAUUUCAGGAAAAACUUGCUUUUUUAGAAAACCAACUUCUUUCAGCUCAUCAAAAGGGAACUGCUGACCAUGAAACAUACAUCGCGAUGCAAGAUCAAAUAAAUGAUUUGUCAGAAAAAUGCAAACUUGCCAAAGAAGAGAACCAAAAACUAAUACUUGAACUGCAAUGCGAAAAAAACCAUUGUCUCACUCUGGAGCAGGCAAGAAAAAAAGAUAAUGUCAGUAUGGAACUGAUGAAGAGUCAGCUUGUCGAGGAGCUUACGCUAUUACGGAACAAGAUGGCAGUUUUGGAGAAUGAUUAUGAAAAGCAGACAAUAGCUUUAGAGGAGGAAAGAAAGAAAACGUCACAUCUUCUGAUUCGAUUCCAGGAAAAAGAAUUGGAAUACCGAGUUUUCCCGGCAGAUUUGCAGAAUUCUGGUAGUAUCGGCAGAAAAUUAACUUCAACGACAGACGUAGUGUCCCGAAGCAGUAGUCCCACUCCUAGUUUAGGGAAGCUGUCCUUAUCUGGCUCGUUUACUGAAUCGCAUUCCAGUAACCCGUGGAAUCCAGCAGACGAGUUAUUUGACGGCGGAGUGGUCACUCCUGUGCCAAAGUCAACAUUGUAUGAUACUAUGCGAGCGGGCUCUUACACGGCGGUGUUUGAAAGUUUGCAAGCGCAGUUGAAAACACGCGACGGAGAAGUAACUCAAUUGCAGCAAGAGCUCCAAAGCCAAGAGAAAUCCCGAGAUUCCCUGGCAAAAGAACUUACGGAAAUGAUUAACUCGAACCAGGAGCUAAGUCGUCGUCUCAGCCUAUUGGAAAUGCUUCAUCAAGAGUACGAAGACCUGAAAACAAAAUACAAUGCCUUAUUACAGAUGUACGGAGAAAAAAUUGAGGAAAAUGAAGAGCUGCGCUUGGAUUUGCUUGAUGUUAAGGAAAUGUAUAAAGCCCAAAUUGAUCACCUAAUGAAAACGUGAAACCACACUUCUAGAAACUCUACUAAUCACUUCUUAUUCGGUUAUCUUCUGUUCGUUCCGUUCGUAAGAAUGACGAUGGCCAUUGCAUUCCAAGCUCUAUUGCAGAAAAAAAUGUCUAUCGUAACAAUGAGAAUCGAACGGAUUUUUCGCCUUGAUAAAUAAAUAUUUAUUCUAAGGGCGCAAAUUGUAAUAUUUUGGUUUAGUAUAAUCUGUUUUGAAAUUUCCACUUUAUGUCUUUCAGUUACGCAAGCAUUUUUUAAAACAUAAAAAUAUUCAAAACACCUAGAGAUAAUGUUUUUCCAAUAAAAAUAGUAAUUGUAGAACACCUUAGAAACAUGGAAAUUGGUGAAUGUUGAGAAAUGUAUAUCAUUAGAAAAUGUACAGUGUAAAGCUUGAAAUAUAAUACUAAAUGAAAUUUAAAAUUUGAGGGGGAACUAGGAUACUGUCAAUCACUAUGGUCCACUCAUCAUUUCUCGUUUUGUUAAGUAUUAGGACCAUGACUUUUUAUCUUAUUUUCUGCUUUUAUAUACAAUGCAACCGCAGCGUGUACUAUAGCUGCUGUUAUGAAAUAGUUUCAAUACAUAAAUUUGUCACAUUAA